GAGAAAUAAAUCGAUCUUAACUAACUGAUCGUGUAUUUAUAACGGCAGGAUAACCGCGAAACUUGUAGGAGUGAGAGUGUUCAACCGCACCUGUGCCUGGAUGGCUGGUGUACGACGACCUACGAGUCAGACCCUUGGAAGCAGCGGUGAAGGGUGGAUGUUCGUAGACCACUGUGCAGAACCAAUCUUGUUCAUUUCACAGCGUUAAUAUUAUUCACAGGAAAAAAUGAUCAUCAGAUUCGCAUUGAAAUGUGCUCUUGUGUUACUUAUUUUAGCCACUGCUUUGAAAAUGAGUGAAGGCGCGCGCCGCUGCUUCUCAUGCCGGUCGCGCGGCAAGCUCGGCGACUGCCGCGAUACGUUCCCGUACAACGCAACGUACCUCGUUAAAGACGUCGAGGCUGUGCCCUGCGCCUCGGGCUGGUGCAGCAAGAUCAUCGAGGGCGACAAAUAUGGCGAAGAUCACGACCUGGCCACGGAGAGGUCGUGUCUGCAGCGUAUCCCCCCCGACAGCACCCAGCGCUGCGCCGAGGUCGAGUGGAACAAGCGCAAGGUGUUCGCGUGCUUCUGUGAAGGAGAUCUGUGCAACUCUGCGCCCGUGCCGCCCUUGCCUGCUCUGCUGCUGCUGCUGCCUAUAGCUGGAACCCUGUUGCUCUGCUGGUAGAUUUCGUCAUUAUGGUGGUAGAUUUUGUUUUUUCUGGUGAUAGAUUUCGUCGCUCUGGUGGUAGAUUUUGUCACUCUGGUGGUAGAUUUUGUCAUUAUGGUAGUAGAUUUCGUCCGUUCUGGUGGUAGAUUUCGUCGCUCUGGUGGUAGAUUUCGUCGCUCUGGUGACAGAUUUCGUCGCUCUGGUGACAGAUUUCGUCGCUCUGGUGGUAGAUUUCGUUCCAGAUUCAAAGAAGAGAUGAUACAGGAAAUAAGUAACUUAUUCUUGCUUCAAUUAGCGUAGUGUGCGUUUUCUUAUAAAGGCUAUUAGUUUUAGUAACGGAGGAGCUUAGUUCCACAGCAUAUAAUUGUUGAUAUAAUUUCGAAAACUUAUUUAUAUGCUAUUGGAACAACAGUUGAAAUUCAAGCAAUGUUCUGAUUUGACGAAGAAGAAAUAGUUUUUUCUUCCCGCUUUUGUUGUCAUUUGUUAAAUCUUCAAACUCGUAUGACUUCGAUGCUCUGGCAAUCUGUCGGUAU